AUGAACAAAGAAGAAGAAGAAGAAGAAGACAACUUGUGCACGUUUUGCACGUUUCCGUUAAAAGUAAAAUUGGAAGAAGAGAAGAAGAAGAAGAACAUAAUUCGGUUAACAAAAUGCAAACACGCGUUCCAUCGCGAGUGCUUCAAACGAUGGCACGUGUGGAGGCAAAAAGAGUGGGAGAGAGAGAUGAGAGAGAUGAAUUGGCCGAAAGGGUCGGAGGAAGAGAAAAGAGCGAGAGCGAAGCCGACGCACGAGUGCCCGCUGUGUCGAGUUGAAGUGGAGGAGAGGUUUGAUUUUAGCAAAAGCAACAAUAUCAGUGGAGAGGACGACGAUUCAGACGAAGAGGAGGAGGAGAAGACGAUGAAAGAGAUGGUGAUGAGUGAGGAGAUGCUGAAUAAACUGCGGAAACAGAGAGAAGUGUUCAGACGGAAACUUCUCAAAGCGAGAGAGAUUGGCGCGUUGGUGGUGAAAGAUCCGUCGAAGACGAACGUGAACCGACUGCUCGUGCCUCGCUCGAGGGAGCCGACGCAACAAACAAACGGAGGAGGAGAAGGAGGAGAAACAGAGGGAAGAAAUAGCGAUAGCGUAGCAGUAGUACCAGUAGUAGGAACAACGACAGCAACAGCGAGUAGAGGCAGAGGCAGAGGAUCAAAUUUUCUCGCGCGCGCACUCGCGCGAGCAAGAAUAGAAGAUGAGGAUGACCAAGAUGGAUGA